UCACAUAGAAAUACCAAUAUUUAUUAAGAGCGCAUACACAGUUUUUUGAGAUGCGCAUUGAAAUGUUUGUAUUUUCAAAAAAUUUAUUCAUCUUCAAAUUGAAUCCUUAGAAAUAUCAAAUAUUUUCUUGUUUUUCGCCUCAAAUGUGGUUAACUAAGCAUGAGUGGCACCUGGAUUAUAUACGUUUGGCGAAAGACAAUGGUUUCUCGUUUGAAAAAACUAGAUUUCCUUUAGAUAAGAAUAAAAUUAGUUUAUUGGAUUUGGAUAAGGUAAUUGAAGAAAGAGAUGUAGGAAUUAUUGAACAAUUCUUGCCAUCGGUUGUUCAGUACAAUAUUGAUACUAAUGAACAUUUAGGAAUACUAGACCCAAAUUUCUUGAAACUGUUCAGAAUGUCACAACUCGCUGUUGAAUACCUCUUAUUCUGCAAGAAAUAUUUAGAUCACAAUGUUAUAAUGUUAAAAGACGAAAUGAAAGAAGUAAAAAUGGAAAAUUAUGAAUUGCGAACAUUCAAUGAUGAGCUCAAACAACAUACAGAUACUCUAUUAUCGAAAUUAAAAAGGAAAGAGGAAUUGACAACAACUUUCAAAUGUAAUAAAUGCUCAAAAGCCUUUUCAACUGAAGAAUAUUUAUCUGCACACAUCGCACGUCGCCAUACCAGUAAAAAUGUUGAGAUCAGUGGAUUGGAUAUUGAAAUGGAAAUAAAAGAAAUCAAAGAAAAAUUAAACAAUAACGAAAAACUCAUGAAAAAUGAAGAAAUUAAUCCAAAAUUAGAGGAUACUUUGAAUAAAAAUUACACCAAAGUAAGUGAACUACUCCUCAAAUUCGAAUCAUUGAAAAGUCAAGUUGAAAAUGAUUUCAAAAUGUUACACUCGCAAAAAGAUUUCGAAGAGAAAUAUUUGAAAAUCUUCCAGACAGCACUGGAAAAUGUGAAAAUUCAGAUCAAUAAGGAACUCGGAAUUCAGAGCUCUCCCUACAAGUUCAAUGAAAAAAGAAAUAGCAUAACACAAACAGACUUAGAUUCAAUAAAUACAUCUGAAAAAAAUGUUCCAGCAGAUGAGAAUUCAGAUCAAUUGGUUCGAUAUCCAAAACAAAAAUUUGAAGAGCAGAAGUUGCAGAAACUUGAGGAUCAAAUGAAAAUUGCUUGUGAAAGUAUUUCUCAUACUAUGGGUUCUUCUUUGAAAAAUGUAGAGGUACAAAUGCAAGCCUUAUGGGACAAGUUGCAAGAAUUGGAUGCAAAAAAGAAUUUUGGUGAAAAAAUAAAUGACUCUGAUGCAAACGCUACUAAGAAUGUUGCAAGUGCGCCUAAACCUAAAACGAGAAAGAGGUACAGUAGCAAGCUGGAGAACACAACGAGUAAAGUAUCAGAACCAUCAUUAAUGUUGAGAGAAGACAAAUUGGAUGCAGAUAUUUUAGCGAGACCUUCUUCAGAUACUAGAUAUGAUACUCUUGAUGACUUUGAAAAGAAAGUUGUACUACCUGAUGAAGGAAUAACUGUAGUUAAAAGUUUGGAACCUUCAGCAUCAUCAGAUUCAAAAAUUAAAUUUGAAAAUGACUUAGAUAGAAUUGAUGUUUUGGAUGAUCCUGAACCAUCCAAACCGAUAACAGUAGUCAAAAGCAUUAAUUCCUUAUAUGAAACUGAGGAUUUUGAAUCAGAUCAGGAAGAUACUCAACUAUCUUCAGAAGUUAUGUCAGAAACAGAAAUUUCUGAAGAUUUAGGUCUGAAUGAGUUACCAGCCUCAAAAGCUUUACACCAAGAGAAAUCUGGGUCAACAUUAGGAAAGAGGUCUAUUUCAAGUUUAAGGAGAGCUUCAGUUAGUUCUGAAGUGAUGGAGAGAUUGAAAAAGGAAAUGGAAAAAGUAUUGGAUGAACGAUUAAGUUUGUUGGGGGUAUCCAAUGAAUGGAAAGGAAUUCCACAGAGAACCUACUCAAGGGUGAUGGAUAUUUUGAAACACCAAUCAAAAAUUCUACAGAGGUCUCUUCCGGACUACAAACAUAUUCGGAAAGAACUAUUAAUGAAAGUAGAAGAGGAAUUAGAAAGAAAAGGACCUUUGAAGAAUGAAGGUCAGAAGAAAAACAAGAAAACAAAGUUCAAAGGGGUCUCCUCGCUGAGGGCAUUAAAUACCAAAAAUAGUUCAUUGAGAAUAAGGAAAUACAAAUCUGCCCCUGAAGUGGAGAUAAAAAACAGGAAAAUGUAUGAAUCUGAAAGUAGCAGUGAGGAAGAGCAACAGAAAAUAAAUUUGAGAACAUCCUCAAACAUAAUUCAUAGAACACCAAAUUAUUCUGCAGUAAUAGAGGAAUUAAAACAAACUCAAAGGUCCGAUGAUGAACCCAAGGAUACAGUGAAAACUUCUCUGCCUAAUGAUAAUCUUGAAAGGAUGGAUUUACAGAUGAAAAGUGUCCUGAAAAACUUCCCAACAGUGGGUCCUGUACCUAAGAAAAGAGUGCUGUUCGAUCUGAAAAGCCAAGAAACAGAAAUUCCAAAACCUGUUACUAGGGAUGUUGGUGGAGGCAGUACAACCAGUAUUGCAAGUUCUGUAUUGGACUUGUCAGAUGAUAGUCCCUCAAGAGCUGGAGAUAGGGGGAAAACUGGAUCAGACCUUGAUAUCAAAGACUUUUCAGAUGAUGAUUUCAGCAUAUUCGAAAACAUUGGGGAGGAAGCUAAGAAAUGAAUUAUAUAUGUAUAUAAGUGGCGGCUAAAUGUUAUUUGAUGGUUAUAAAAUUUGAAUAUUGUUGUUUUAAAGUAUUUCUUGAAUGUAUUGACGAUAUUUCAGGAGAAUAAAUGUUC